ACACACAAGCGCAGCACGAGACACACGUUAAACCGUUCUAGUUGCUUUUACUGUGUGAUUCGUUCUCUUUUCCCCACUGUAAGCUAUAAAAAAUACAGCAUUCGCACACGCACACACACGUUCAUAGUGUUGAUUCUCUCACUCUCUUCUUGGAACUGUUGGUUGAGAAUCCUAACUCGCUUGUCUCAACGAACCGUACGUUAGCAGCCCCUUCUCACUCUCGCAUCCAAGCAAGCAUUCGCACGCUGUUUCAAGCUCACAACGAACCGUGGCAUCGAGACCCCCGACUCAGUUCUCUCAGCGAACUUCGUACGUACACUGAUUGAAAAAUUCGACUCACUUCUGCCAACCUUCGCUCUCGUGUGUUAGUUUCGCUGGAAUCGUUCUAGAAGCUGGCUGCACACGUUGCGGUAAACAGGAGUGCAAAUUAUCGUUUAAGAAGUUUGAGCGCCAUUUUUUGCGUAUAAAAACGCCUUUACCAGGGUAAAAUAACCACGAUGGAUAAUCCUUUUACACCAAAACGUAUGGGAAAGCAAUGCGUCAGCACCGUUUGGAACCACUUCACAAACAUGAACGGCAAAGGCGCUAAAUGUCGCCAUUGCUUUCGAUCGAUAGCAUUUUCAAAGGGUUCUACUUCCAACCUAAAGCGGCAUCUAUCGGCCAAACAUCCCAACAUUCAGCUUUUCCGAAAGCUACACCCCAACAAAGGCAUGCACCAAGACGAUCCUGAUCCUCUCGCCGUUUCGUCUGUAGCAGUGAACGCAACUGAUGAUAGUAUGAACCAGCUAGAUACGUUGGGACUGCCUGGGAGCUGUACUCAGCUGGAUGCUUACAUUCCACAGUCAAUGACAGAUGAAAAGCAUCGCGAGAUAGACUCGAUGUUGAUUGAAUUUAUUUGCAACGAAUAUUUACCCAUCUCAAUAGUGGAAAGUGCAUCGUUUCAGACUCUAGUGAACAGUCUCAACUCAGAUUACAUACUUCCCAACAGACAAUCAGUAUCAAAUGCGCUACUGCCCCAAACGUACGAAGAGAAGCUGAAAACCGUUAAAGGCGAACUGUUGGCUGCCAAAUCGGUGGCUUUAUCGUCGGAUUACUGGACAAAUAGUAGUACCAACACUCACUAUAUGGCCCUAACUGGACACUUUAUCGAUCAGAACUUCAAGCUAACGUCCAGACUUUUGGAAUGCUCUGAAAUUCCAAGCGAUUUUAGCGAAGAAAACAUCGCCCAAUGGGUUUCGAAGGUAAUGAAGCGAUUUAACAUCGAUAACAAGGUUGAAAUUAUUGUCACGCAAAAUUCCCGCAUGGCCAAAGCUGCGGAUGACUAUACGAAUCUUAGGCGGCUGCCAUGCUUUGCCCACAGCCUGAACCAAAUCGUGCAGGAAGCAAUCGCCAACUCGAUACAAUCCACUCUAGCGAAGGUGAAGCAUACUGUGCAACAUUUUAAAACAAAUUCAAAGGCGUCACAGCUCCUGAUGCAACUACAAAAUCAGAAAUCUGUAAAGUUGAAGCUAGACUUUCCAGCGCGGUGGAAUUCUACGUACGACAUGGUGGAUCGGUUUCUGCAAAAUAAAACUUCAUUACAGUCGUACUUCGAUCUGUUUAAACCGGAAAUAACCAUACAGAACUACGAGUGGCCAGUGCUAGAGCAAGCGUUGGAAGUACUAAACGUAUUCAAUAAGGCAACUGAUUUUAUAUGCGUCGAAAAAUCUGUCACCAUCUCUCAUGUUGGUGUGCUGCGAAAAAUGCUACUAGAGCACCUGACCAGGUUUGCGGACAGAGAUGAAAUAGUGUCCGGCGUUCGAACUAUGAUCUGUACGCUGCAGGAAGGUUUGAUAAACCAGCUCGAUCCAUUUAAGGAAUGCACGUUCGUUACCCAAUCAAUGCUAUUAGACCCGCGAAUUAAGAAGAAAGGAUUCCGAAACGAACCGGAAGAAUACCAACAGGCGUACGAAACGAUCAUUAGUGAACUGAUGGCCAUUCAGGGAGCAUCUCAGGAAAACAAAAAACCAUCUUUCAGCAAUGAACCCAAGGGUGGCAAUAACAUAUAUAGGGAGUUUUUGGAUUGGGACGAUGACGAUGAGGAAGAUGAGCUAAACAACCCGAGACAGCUAGCUGUGCACGAGUUUGACAUGUAUCUUAAAGAGCGCAUUAUAAACACUGACGAAGACCCGCUGCUUUGGUGGCAAGCGCAUAAUUUAAAGUAUCCCACUGUCUACAAUCUAGCGAUCAGAGUGCUUAACGUUCCUUGCUCAUCUAUUCCCUGUGAACAACUAUUUACCAAGGCAGGACAGGAACACUCGCAAAAACGAGAAAGAUUGUUACCGAAACAAUGUGAGAAAGUUAUGUUCAUCCAAUACAAUGUAUAAGUGACAUAUUCGUGAAAGUAAUCGCAUACUUUUUUUGAGUAUGUAUCAACAAUAAAGUAAGAAAAUUCAUGAGCUCACAACGAAGUAAAAUUUGCAACAUUAUUUUUUGUUUUAAUUUGAGAAAUUGAGAAACAGUACAUUGGAAUAUAGUGCAUGCUGAUCAAAAGAAUGUUGCGUUUCUCAGAUAUUUAUUCGAAAAUAACAUACUACAAAUGGUAUAUAAUUACGGUUUUUUUAAUCGAAACAAAUAAUUCUCUAUGCAUGCACGGUCAGUCGGGGAUGGCGAUAUAAUAUGUUCAAUGUAAUAUUUUAUUGUACAAAAUAGUGCAAAUAGUUGGAGAAAAUGAUAUACGUUUGAUUUAAUUUCAUUGAAUUUUUAUUAUGACGUGUCAAAAAAGGGUUUGAACAUGUUAAAAGUAAGUUUAUCAACAAAGAAGAAACAUAACACACAAGAACAUAAAUCUAGCUCAAUUUUUCCAAAUAACUGAAUUGACCUGUGGCAAGCAUAGAAGCGCCGUUUGGUCCGUUCCGAGGGGCAGUCGUCCAAAAUCGUACGACUCAUCCGUUGUGGGUUCAAGCCCCACAUCGACCAUCUCUCCGUAGCAAGGACUUGACUAUAUCCGGCUGCGUUGUACUUGUUAAUAAGCUUCGAAAGCCGCAUAACCGCUAGGUCAUUACGCUAAAUAGAAGAAGCAUGGAGGCACACAAAACAGAGAUAUUUACUGUAAAUAAAGUACAAAAUAUAACUAGCCCAUCCGUACGAUGCAUGUAUUGCCUUUUGGCAAUUUUAGACAAGUACUACAAGUAGACGAGUAUUGUGAAAUAAAUAUUAUAUGAUUAGGCAGUUGUUUUUCUUAUCGUCUACUCCAUUCGCUGUUUAUGACCGAUUUUUGUCAUACAAAGAGACACGCAUGCGCAUCCGUUUUUUAAAGAGUGAUCUGAACAUUGCAUAUGGAAAAUUUGUAGAAGUUAGACGCUAUUACACUCCCAUUCAAUGAUUAUUUUUCUCUCUCUCACACACACUUUCGCUCUCUUCCUUCCUCGGUCUCACUCUCUCAAUAUAUUUAUCGUUGAACUUUGACAUUUCUUCUACCACGCAUACUAGGGAUUCAUCCAUAAAUUACGUAACGCCAAAAAUGAUAUUUUUUACGACGAUUUAUUUGUUACUUUACGUAUGGGCUUGAAGAUGGCCAUGCCCCAAACGUAGGACUGACUAUCCUGCUAUGGCUAAUCAAUAAGUCACUGAAAGCUACGCCUACUGGUAGCUACAGACAGACCUUGACCGACAACGGUUGUUGUGUCAAAGAAGAACAAGAAAAGGUAACUGUCAUACCGACACACAAAAAAAUGUCAUGUUGCGUGCUUUCUCCCUACAUGUUUUAACUUGUGAUUAAGAGGGGACAGAGAUAUUACAAGUUCAAAGUGCAGUACAUUUAAAAGAUUGAAAAUCAAUGUAACCAAAAAAAAAAGGAUUGAUCACACCUACAUUUGAUUUUGUAUAAUGUUUACAACAACAACAACAAUUACUCACGGCAAACGAUGGCUGUCAUCAAGAUGAGGAUAAUAAAUAAAUGUAUAACGAACGAUUUGAUUUUUUUUUCUUUACUGAAGGUUUGGAUCAUUGUUCAUUUUGCCAUUUGCCUAAAUAUUCUCCUGCAUUAUUUAAUUACCCAUUCCUAUGUUAUCAUCACGAUAAGUUCAAUUAUUAAAAUUCGACCUGUUGUAGUUUCCCGCCUUCGCUGUUCUCUCUUUCUCUCUCUCUCUCUCUCUCCUUCUCUCUCUCUCUCUCUCUCUCUCUCGCUCUCUCUCUUUCUCUCUCUCUUUUUUUUGAAGAACUACUACUAGCAUGCAUAUUUUGCUGCAUUUUUGCUACUUAUCGUUACUGACAUCAUAUCAUGUAUUUUGCGAAUUUUUUCAGAACAAACGUAUACCGCGAUACCGUUCCUGAAUUUGAAAUUAAAUGAUUAGAUUUUGUGCAAAUUUUUCAAACAAAAUGUCAUCUCCUUUCAAAUGCUCGUUUAUUAGUGUCGUACUAUUGCCAUUAUUAGAUGAAUGCAACCAAUUUUGAUUACCAAUACUAAAACAUAUAAUUUUGCUUCAAGUGGUUCGGGUAUGUGUCCUAUCAUCAAUGCUAAGUAUGUAGCGUUUGUUUUUGAUGGUUCACGUUGAUGGUAUUUAUUCCUAUCCUAUGCCAUUGUUUUCGUGGGUUGGUUCUUUACUAGUUAUUUUCCUGUUAGUUUUACACAUUUUUAUAUAAUUUCUAUUUGUUUUCCAUAUAUUCUAACAUUAAAUAAAACGAUCAGUGCGUGAAACAGUCAGAAUACAUACUUUAGUUGAAGUACAAGGAAAAUUUUCACACUUAUGUUUACCUUCACUUCUAAUUCAGAAGCAGCUAGUAUGUUUCGUAGAAAACACACCACAAACACAUCAUUGGGUGUAUGUCUAUGUGUAUGUGUGUGUGACCAAACAACCAAAAGAUCUAUUCCAUUUUGGUGAUAUAUGCACGCUGUUGAUGUAUGCACCCGGUUUUCCGGCAUUCUAUGGCGGUUACUGUACCAAUUUUGUGCAACACCAUCGCCUACUGUCUGUUUUAAUACUUUUCCGGUCGUAGUGUUGAGUUAAUGAUGUAUCUCGUGCUACAUUACGCCUAUAUGUUAGUUGUUAAUGCAACAUCAACUCUCUGCUCGACAAAACUUAUUUCAUUACAUGAACUUUAGUAGGUAUUUUUUCUUGAUGAUAGCUGCCACGAAUGAUCUCUCUAUGCCUCGGCUAAUGUUAGUUCUUCAUGCGGCAAGGUGUGGUUCAUGUUUUUCUUUCGUCAUUUUUGUUUAAUUUGUUAUUGUAGUUUCAUUUAAUGAUUGAAAAUUAUGUACAUGCCCAUUUUGAUGAACAUUUAUUAGCUAUGCUUUCGCUACUACACGUCAUUACACUUUCCAUUAUGGACGAAAAAAGGUUAACUUAGGAGAACUCGUACCAAACGAAUCGUACAAUAUGUUGCUGCAUUCAAGUAAAUUUUCACAACAGCAACAAAAAAAACUUCCAUCACCCGACUGUUAUGCUGUUUGGUGCUGUAGAUAUUGUAUUGUACUAAUUGCUUACUGCCUUUUUACUGUACGUUAAAAAUUUCACUGAACCGUGGUUUUACUUCCUCUUAAAAGGUUGAAAAGUCUUGUCAAACAUUACAUACAGGGCGCAAAACAUAAUGCGUAUGUUAUAUUAUAAGCUGUUGCAUUUGUUCAGCAUUAUCUUCAGCAAAACAGUUUCUCCCUAUUUGGAUUGCAAGUGUAUGCAUAUGAUACCUGCUUCCAAUAUGUUUCUAUAACGCCCAAACAAAUUAAAUCGUUGAUGAAAAUCAAAUCAAGUAAAAAGCAAACCCAAAAUAAAAUAAAUAAAACAAACCUGCAUUUUCUGCGUUACACAACUGCAAAAUACGUUCGGAAAAUUAAUAAAAAAAAACCACCGAUAGGAGAGAAAAAAAAACAAAACAUUCAAACCAUUUUUAAGACCUUGGCAUCUCCACCCAUUUAACACGGGGAGAGACACCAUUAAGGUUAUUUGUUUCUCUAUUUUUGCAUUCAUUUUAUCAGCCACAAAUUACAUAGUCAUUAUACACUCACUUCCUCCGGAUUACAAUGUGUGAGAGAGAAGAAAAAAAACUAGUCUUUAAAUUAGCAUAUGUUUAAAUCCUUUCAUGUUUAAGCGUAAAUGAUUUUUGUUUUCAUUUUUUUCACAUUUUAUAAUGUGUGUAUGUGUGUGUGAUUUUUUUUUUAACUUCUCGUAUGUUCACAUUCUGUUCGAUUGAUUUUGCUAUUACCUAAUGCUACUAACAUGAGUUUUUCAUUGUUUUGAAAUUUUUUUUAGUCUUUGCUAAGCAUGUUGUUAAUUGUCUGGUUUUAUCUAUUUGAUCAUGUUCAUGACAUCUGUAUGUUUUCACUUCAGACGAUAUACAAACUAACGGAAAUAAAAUGCAAAACUGACAAGUUGGUGUACAGAACAAAAACAUAAGGACCGAUGCUACAUGGAUACCAAAGACAAACAACUGCGUACAAAUUCCAGUUAUGCAAUUCUACCUAAACUUAUGAUUAUUUCCCUUGCAGUAAUUACCUCGCGGUUAACCGAUUCAAAAUCAUUAUUAUCGAAACCUAUGUGCUUAUUUACAAUAAAGUAUACUUUUACGGGAUAACAACAGUUGUUCCUAAUAUUUUAUAUUGUAUGUGUGUGUAUCAUCGUUCCGACGCAACGCAUUGCAAAUACAAAAGAAAAUAAGCAUUAAACAAUAUCCUACUAGCGCGGAAUUUGCUGCCCUACAAAUGUUGCUCAUCCGAAGCUCUUUCCAUUAAUACAUUCCUUUCUUAUAGUGAACAGUUCGGGUUUUAUCUUCUUUGUAACAUAGUCGACAUGACGACGACAGGUGAGGUGUUAUGGAACGGAGGGCACAAACACACACACACACACACUCACACACAUACACGCACACGCAAUAUCAAGAAGUUAUUGAUGGAAAACAAUCCUAAAACGGAUUUUCACAUACUUAAUCAACCCAUGUUACGAUUAGUUUUAAGAAUAGCUCUUUUUGGGGCCAGUGUUUUUGAGUUAAUCUUUCAUUUUACUUGUCGUUUUUCUUUUCUUACUGGCUCCCCACUAGAUGGUUGAUCUGUUGUCCGCUAUUCUCUCUUUCUGUGACACUUCGCUAGCCUGGGGGAUUAGAGUACAUUUAUUUCCUUUAUUUGCGGUAAACAUUUACUUCCGUGUAGGUCUGUAUGCUUUUUUAGGGUUUUGUUUUUGUGUUGUUCAAUAAACAUUCCAACCAGAAGAAAAACGGGCAGGUUUUUGCCAUUUUUGCAUUCUAAAACAUGGACUAAAAGAGAUCAUAGUCAUAGUCCGCUCCGUUCACGCACUCCACACCACCUUUCGUCUUAUGCAAAACAAGGUACCCAAUAACACUCUAGAUGCCCCCUUUCUCCAAUUUAUUCUAUGAGAGGUGAGCGAGUUUUAGCAGAUAGAAGGUGAUCGGGGAUUGUGUUACUUCCAGUUUCAGAUACUCUUACAGGUAUAUCAUUUUCGAAUAAUUUAUUACAGCCUAUCUAAUAAACGCGUGCGCAAAUAUACAAUACACGGUACUUAGCACAAAAUAAACCCGCCGGGUGUGUGUGUGUGUGUGUUUUUGGGUUUUCAAAACAAAUUCCUUGAGUUCAAAUGUGAACGAUCGAAAAUGAAGAAAGAAAAAAACGCUUGUUGCUCUACAAUGAUUUAUGAUCUUCCCAUUCACCACCCACGACGACUGCCGACGUGUUACCAAAACAGAAACUAAAACAGAAGAAAAAUCUUACAAUCUUGGUAGAGAAUUGAUGCAAUUAGGGGGAAACGUUAGAGUUUGCUGGUUGCCAAAAUGCUGCACAUUGGAACAAUAUUCCUUGGUACGAUUUUGAAUAUAGAAACAUUAGUAAAUUUUUGGUUAAAGAUGUUGUGUCCUAAAGUGUAUCAGUCUUAUGGUUUGUUGUUUAUUCAAAUUGUUUGCUAUAUUUUAAAAACGUUGAUUAAGGAAAAGCACAGCCACUUAACUCAAGAUUAACAUACACCAAUACAUUGUAAUGCCUACUAUCAUAGGUAGCGACCAGAAUGUAAAGGAUUACCAGUUGUUGUAACCAGCUGUAACCAUACUAUUUGCUUGAAACUGCUUAAUACCAACUUUUUUGUGUCUUAUUUGUCAACACACACACACACACAUGUUGACAUUUAUUCGGCAUUAUCGUUGGUUUAUAACGGUGCCUGUUCAAAUCUUUUGCCUCCAAAAUCAAAACCAUCGCUGUUGUUGGCCCUUGAUCCAGCAUUUUUCCAGUAAGCCACAACACAAAGCAGUGUGUAGCAGGGAAGAAAAAUAUCUUACUCACUAAUUAUAAUAGAUAGUAGUGUAGAGUCUGGUUGUGCUUCACUGUGUUCACGGGUUUGCGGGAUAGGAUACAAGGCUAGCAACUUAAUAGCGAUCUAUGGGUAAGGUUUAUUAAGGUAUGUUUAGCGAUUAUUAUUAAUAAUAUUUGUUUAGAUAAACUUAUCCAAGGAACUGAUAUCCGAUAAAAAAAAUCGGCUUACUUGAGGACAAAAAUGCAUGUCUAAUUGGAUGCGCCCUGUUUAUUAGAUGCUACGCUUUACUUAUGAUUGUAUGAUUUUAGACGCAACAGCACAGUAUAUAUGUUGUGUAUGUUCCUGGCAGACCGAACAUCAAAUGUGUGUUUUAUUGAAAUAUAUUUCUAACAAUCCUGCGUACUAUAACGGUUUGAAUCUUGUCAAUUAUCACCGGAGCUAUUUUUUAAAAAUUUGAAUACAAAUAAUCGAGAUUCAAUGCAAUCAUUUCCAUUCAUUAUUCAUCCAUUGAUGCAUAAAAAGAUGGCGGAUUGUCGGAAAGUCAAGUCCGCUCCAACACAACCAUUCUGGAAACAGCUAGCUUUAAACGGCGGCAGUACGUGAAACAACAAUUGGAAUCGAUUAUACAUUUCAGGGACUCCAAACAUUAUAUUUUUCGCAGAACGGAAAAGCGAACAACUUGCUAACACAGGAAAGCAAGCGACACCAUUCCCUUUGCGCCAAGGUGCGUGCGGGGACGGCACCCAAACAAUUACCUCUCCACGAGUUCAACUUUAUUUUCAUUGUAUGCACACACACACACACACACACGCACACAUACGCCUAUACUCACUCUCGCACUCGUACAUAAUAAUGUUACUCUCUUUCCCUUCCCAGAGAAAUCCAGGGCAUACUAGGUGGCGCACACCAACUGUCGACUAUUUAUAAACAUAAACGUCGGCCAUUUUGGAACAGCGAGCAGCUCCUAGUACUAGGUUGCGCUCUCCUUCUCGUCCAUACGGUGCGGUUGCUGGCCCCUUGGUACAUCUAGCUUUUUUUUAUGCCGACGUAGUCUCGUCGUCCCGACAUCGGCAAAGUUUUUAUUGCCGAUUUUUUUGUUAUCAUUAACAGGAGUUACUCACUCCUAUUCUCUACGUGAAAAGCCCUGCGAUAUACUCACAGUGAGAAGGAGAGAAGCAAAAAGGGCGAGAUAACACGUAUCGCGCCACACACACACACACACACAC